ACUAUAGUAACAUGGUUGCUAGCUAGUAGUGACAGAGCUUUAGACAUGGCUUCCUCUUCUUCUUCAUUUCCCACAUCUUGGCAAAUUACCCUCGUUACCCUCACCAUCUUGAUCUCCUCCCUCCUCUCCUCCUCUAUCUCCGCCUCCGCGGCCGCAACAAAACAAAACCCGGCCUUGCCCUUCAAGAAAAUCUACGCCUUUGGUGACUCAUUCACAGACACAGGCAAUACAAGGUCCAUCUCAGGCCCUAGCGGCUUCGGCCACGUCUCAAACGCUCCCUACGGCAUCACCUACUUUCACCGCCCCACAAACCGCUACUCCGACGGACGUCUAGUCAUUGACUUCGUCGCCGAGUCACUCUCCUUGCCCUACUUGCAACCCUACCGCGCCGUUUCGAGCAAUGCCACAGCAGACUCAACUCACGGAGUUAACUUCGCCGUCGCCGGCUCCGCCGGCUCCACCGCCAUAGAGCACGAGUUCUUUGUGAAGAACAACCUCAGCCUUGACAUUACUCCUCAGUCUAUCCUGACUCAGCUGCUUUGGUUCAACAAGUUCUUGCAAAGUAAAGGUUGCAAAGUUGGAGGACCACGUUGCAAAUUUGAUGAUGCACUUUUUUGGGUUGGAGAAAUUGGGGUCAAUGAUUAUGCUUAUACACUUGGAUCUGAUGUGCCUGGUGAUACAAUUCAGAAACUUGGGAUCAGUAGAGUUACUAGUUUUCUCCAGGCAUUGUUAAAGAAGGGUGCAAAAUACGUUGUCGUCCAAGGUCUGCCACUUUCAGGGUGCUUGCCGUUGUCAAUGACGUUGGCGCCGGAAGACGACAGAGACCGCAUCGGAUGUGUCAAGAGCGUCAACCACCAAACCUACAGCCACAACCUUGUGCUCCAAGCAAAGUUGCAUGAACUCCGGACACAGUUUCCCCAUGCUGUCAUAGCCUAUGCUGACUACUGGAAUGCAUACCUCACAGUAAUGAAGAGUCCGAGCCAGUACGGUUUCACGGAGAGAUUCAAGGCCUGCUGCGGGAGCGGUGACCCCUACAACUUUGACGUGUCUGCCACGUGCGGCGCGCCUUCUGCCACCGUCUGUAAAAGCCCGUCUCAGUACAUAAAUUGGGAUGGAGUUCAUCUCACUGAAGCUAUGUACAAGGUGCUUUCUGAUACGUUCCUAAAAGGCAAUGCCACUCACCCUCCCUUCAGUUACUUGUUGGACAGGAAACUGCGUAAUGGAUGAACUGCCUGCCUUCGGAUGAUGUGAUCCAUCUUUUAAUACGUUUCUGUGUUGCCGUGAUCUCAACGGAGUAGACAUUUCUAUGAUGAAAUUAUGUUUGAGAUUACUUCUAAGUCUCAAUAAUUCUGAAAAUUUUACCUGUUGAACUAUUUACUGUUUAUAAACUUGUGCAAAAAGUGGCCUUUUUCAAAUCAGGUCACAAAUUCAGACCAGAUUUCGUCGAA